GGGUCUAGGGAAGCAUUUCGCCCCCUCUCCUCAGCCAUGGCAGGGUGGUUUCCCAACCACCUCAAGACAUUUAUGGAUGGAUAAAAGGAGCUGACACUAACCUCCAAUCCUGUGAACACCUUCUCUUCAGCCAUGGAGAAAACCUUGAUGCCCUUGACUCUGACAUCUGACCCAAGGCCCUUUAAUCAACAACUCUCAGAGCCUCCCAAUUCAAGAUGUGUCUUGGAACCCCAGGACAAUCCGGAACUGGCGCCCACCCUGGUGUGUGCUCUUUGCUGCUGCUUUGGAAUCAUCUACUGCUGCUUCGGCUACCGCUGCUUCAAGGCAGUCAUGUUUCUCUCCGGCCUGCUGUCAGGAGCUCUGGUGAUCUUCCUGCUGUGCCACAAGGAGCGGGUGCUGGAGACACAGCUGAGCCUAGAAGUGACUGCGGGCAUCGCGCUUGGCAUUGGCCUCCUCUGUGGUCUCGUCACCAUGCUGGUUCGAAGUGUUGGACUCUUCCUGACUGGUCUCCUGCUGGGCCUGACCUUGGGCAUCGGGAUCCUGCUGGGUACUGAACCCAUCUAUCAACCACCCUCAGCCUGGGUGCCAGCCGGGGGACUGGUGGGACUGGCACUACUGGGAGCCCUGCUCACACUUCGGUGGCCACGUCCAUUCACAGUUUUGGGCACAGCCCUUCUGGGUGCUGCAGUGCUAGUGGCCUGUGCUGACUACUUCCUGGAGGGGCUGGCACUGGGUAGUCGGCUGGGCCAACGUCUGCAGGCACUUCCAGACUUGCCUCCUCUCUGCUGGUAUAGCUGGGUGUUAUUGGGCACCUGGCCUGCUUUGGGAGCUCUUGGAGCCCUAGCCCAAUGGAAACUCAUGGCUGAAGAAUGUGAAGGCCCUGCUAAUGUGAUCCUGAGCCACCAGCAAAGGCAUUUCCAGCUCCUUCGGAUCCCUCAGCAAGAGGCCAAGUGGCACCGGACCACCUCUGGAGCCAGACUGUGUGAGGGCAGCCAUCAUCGCCAGCUCCCUACCACCAAUUCCAGGAGCCCUGCUGACAAUCUGGCACCUAGUUAUCUCCAGAGUCUUCGGGAACGCCAUCUGGGACCAAGUACCCAGGCCACAGCCCCUCACAUCAUCUUGGACCUGGAUUCUGACUGUUCCUCUGUCCCCCUCACCUUGCCCUCUAGCUCCACCUAGUUCUGAACUUAAACAUCUACUGAACUUACAAAUCUACCCUUAUUGAGGGCCUGGAAUGCUAAGUGGGGAGGAUUUGAACUCAGAACUCACACAAAUUUCUCACUUUUUGGACUUGGGGGUAGGAUCUGUGCUCCAGACCAGUCCUUAUAGGGAUGUCUUUCAGGGACAGGCAGCCAAGAGUCUUGUAGGGAGUGAGGGAGAGGGAUGAAACAUAAGUACCUCUAUCUAAUGGAAGUGCCUUAGUCCUUAGCGAAACUUUAGCCUUAAUUCCCUACAGACUAAGGCAUUUUUUUGU